GGGGGAACUUAUUUGAGGGGAUGCCUUCACCUGUCCUCUCGAUGAAAGUAAAACACAAGCAGUGGUCGAAAAAGUAUGACUUUUUUGUAAGGUACACCCAUUAUCUCCUGUGCAAGGAGCUGCAACCGCAGUUAUGCCUCUGCAAAGCGCCCGGUGACAGAUGGCGAGUUCUUCUCCCCCCCACCACCGCCGCCACCACCACCCCACCCACCCCAGGGGGAAAGCCAGUCUCUGUGAAUGCGGCCGCAUGUCAAUCACGGGCUCUCAUGUGAUGGCUCUUGCCAAUGACGUGCCAGCCAUAUGGGCCUGGCAUCGCAGCCUGCUAUGCAAGUCACCCGUGCAGUCCUCCCUCCACGCGUCUGGGGCUGCAGACAGAGGCAGGGUGGCCGCAGAGGAGGAGGAGGAAAGAGUAGAGGGAGGGAAGGUAGGCGAGAGCGGAACACACACACAGCAAAGAUCCGCCUCGCAGAACGCAUCGCCGCCGCGCCCGGAGAGAGAUGGUGUAAACAAACCUCAGGUGUGAACCCACGACAAUGUUGAGCCGUCUGUUCAGUGAGGUCCUGCCGGACGUCCAGAGGCUGGCGGCGGACUGGGCCGAGGCGGACAGCCAGGACGGCAAAGUCAAGUCCGGUCAUCACCUGGCAGGGGAGGACGAGCUGGACGAGCCGCGGGGGGGCAGCAGUCGAGCCGAGUCCGAGAUGGCGGACGACGACGAGGAUGAUGAUGAUGAGGAGGACGAGGAGGAGGAGGAGGAGGGGGAUGCUGAGGAAGAGGGUGAGGAUGAGGAGGGGGGCGGGGACAAGCCCAAGAAACGCGGCCCAAAGAAGCGCAAGAUGAACCCGGCGCGGGUGGAGCGCUCCCGGGUGCGCAGAGUCAAGGCCAACGCCCGGGAGCGUACGCGCAUGCACGACCUGAACUCGGCCCUGGACAACCUGCGCAAGGUGGUCCCUUGCUACUCCAAGACCCAGAAACUCUCCAAGAUCGAGACGCUGCGCCUGGCCAAGAACUACAUCCUGGCCUUAGGCGAGAUCCUGCGCAACGGGAAACGUCCCGACGUGGUGAACUACGUGCAGAUGUUGUGCAAAGGCCUCUCCCAGCCCACCACCAACCUGGUGGCCGGCUGUCUGCAGCUCAACACCCGCAACUUCCUCACCGAGCCGGACUCUGCUCGCUUCCACAUGCCGGGAUCCCCGUUCUCCGUGCACCCGUACGGCUCCUACCGGUGCCGCCUGUCCAGCCCCAGCUACCAAGCCGCCGGUGCCAACCCGCGGGCACACUCGUACGGCCCCGGCUACGAGGCGCCGUACCCCCCUGGAGGCACGUCCCCGGACUACAUCAGCCCGGACUACGAGGGCCCGCACAGCCCUGCAGCAGCAGGCUGCAUGAAGCAACAGGAGUGCGACACGGAGCGGAACUAUCACUACUCCAUGCAUUACUCCAGACCCGGGCGAGGUUUACCCUUUGGCCCCUCGGGAUCUCGGGAGAACAUCCCCCCCUUUCACGAGGGGCCCUAUGAGGACCUGGGCGCCUUUUUCCACAACUGAAAAAAACCCUGCAAUCAUUGAUGAACUCCAUUGAAUUUGAACACGUCUCCUCCUGUAAUCUGAUUACUAUAAUACUGUUAUGCAUUUCUUCAUUGUGCAGUGUUGUGUGUGCAACCAAAUGACAACACGUGUAAUAUGACUAAAUACACAAAUAAAACAAAGAAAUGCUUUAUAAUU